UCUUUUGAGUCCUGAUUCCAAGCCUCUGUAGUUAUUUGCUUACAUACCAGUUACAGGAGUUCAAAAUGGGGAUUCAUGGGCUGUACCAUGCCCAGGGAGAGAGACAGGUUUGGAAAGCUGGGUACUGAACUGUAAGACUGGAAUAUGUAACAGUAAGGAAUUAUAAGUAGAGCAUUAAUCUCUUCUUCUACUUACAACUAAUAACUCUCUUUGGAGGAAAAAAUGGUACCACAAAAUAAUCUCCUCUUUUGUUGUCGUCUUCACCCAAGGUCCCUUGUGGCAAGAUCACACAAUGACCUGAUGCUUGUGCCAAGUGACCUUCCUAAUGUAGAUACGCUGUUACCCGAAAAUUUCAUAAAGAGGCAAUCUAUUUUAGGGAGACUCCCAGCUCAGCUGCUUUUCCUGUUGUGUUUUUCACCACAUUUGUUACCAUGUUAUCUAUUUGCAUCUGCUCUUUUUUGGCUCAGGCUUUGAAGAGAGCCUCAAUCUUUUUAAUGAAAUAUGAAGUUGUUUGCUGUUUCCAGAUCAAUAAAUCUCACUGGACUCUUGAUUUGUGGUCAUGUAAAACUCUUGAUGACAUAAAACGUAAACUACAAUUCUCAAGUGUUUUCACUGCUCUUUGAGUAUCAGGCUCAUAUUUUUUCCCCACAUCGCCCCCCUGAACUCAUGGCUAACUUAAAGUUGCCUUUUCAACAUCCAGAGGGGUUAACUCUCAGCUGCAAAUGGGGAUGGAAAAGGGAUUACAGAGUGCAUUCACCUAGUGCUGUUAACAGAUACCUAAGAAAGCUGAUGUGUAGCAACUGAUCCAGUCAGGAAGAUGGUGUGGAUCCAUCCCUGCAAGCAGAGAACAGAGUCUCAGGCUCUUCACAAGCUACCACUUCUGUAUCUAAACAACAGAAAUCUCGUUCUACCAACUCGAGGGAUGAGCGCUUCCGAUCUGAUGUCCACACUGAAGCAGUACAAGCAGCACUCGCAAAAUACAAAGAGAGAAAAAUGCCCAUGCCUUCAAAAAGACGGUCUGUUCUUGUGCACUCUUUGGUAGAAACGUACACACCUCCAGACACAUCGUCAGCAUCAGAAGAUGAGGGUUCGUUACGUCGGCAAGGGCGGAUCACCUCCACUCCGUUCCAGAGCCAUUCCAACGUAGAGCCCUGGCUUAACCGGGUUAUUCAGGGCUCCUCCACCUCAUCCUCUGCAUCUUCCACCUCAUCUCAUCCAGGAGGGAAACCUGCUGCUGCUUCCAAUACUGCUACUGCCACCGCUGCUGCCACUGUGCUUGCAGAUCUCAUGGCACACACCCAGCUAGAUAACCACUCUGCACCUCCAGAUGUCACCACUGGCCUGGUGGAGCAUUUACAUCAUGAGCGUCCGCAGGUAGCAUUAGUACAAGGAGUUCCCAGAAGCUACAACAGCAGCAUUUUGGAAACUGCAGAUGGUGUACCAGUGAAUAGCAGAGUGUCCUCUAAAAUCCAGCAGCUUCUAAAUACCUUGAAAAGACCAAAGCGCCCACCUUUGAAAGAGUUUUUUGUUGAUGAUUUUGAAGAACUCCUAGAAGUGCAACAGCCUGACCCAAAUCAACCAAAGCCUGAAGGAAAUCAAAUGAAUGUACUUAAAGGCGAGCCCUUAGGUGUGGUAACCAACUGGCCACCUUCUCUGCUGGCUGCCCUGCAGCGCUGGGGAGCUACCCAGCCAAAAGCCCCUUGUCUGACAGCAUUGGAUACGACUGGGAAAGCAAUUUAUACGCUUACCUACGGCAAGCUGUGGAGUCGAAGCUUGAAGUUAGCGUAUACCCUGCUAAAUAAGAUAACCACUAAGAAUGAACCACUGUUGAAGCCUGGAGAUCGGGUAGCUCUCGUAUUUCCUAAUAGUGAUCCAGUUAUGUUUAUGGUGGCAUUUUAUGGAUGUCUCCUGGCAGAACUUAUUCCUGUCCCAAUAGAAGUUCCACUAACAAGAAAGGAUGCUGGCAGCCAGCAGAUUGGAUUUCUUUUGGGCAGCUGUGGAGUAACUCUAGCUUUAACCACGGAUGCCUGUCAAAAAGGCCUUCCUAAAGCUCAGACUGGCGAGGUGGUUACAUUCAAAGGCUGGCCUCGUCUCAUUUGGUUUGUGAUUGAUGGAAAGCAUCUGGCAAAACCAACUAAGGACUGGCAUCCACAAGUACGGGAUGCCAGUGCUGAGAUCGCUUAUAUUGAGUACAAAACAAGUAAAGAGGGCAGUACAGUGGGCAUUACUGUAUCUCAUGCUUCCAUGCUGGCACACUGUCAUGCAUUGACUCAGGCAUGUGGUUAUUCAGAAGCUGAAACACUAACAAAUGUCUUGGAUUUCAAAAGAGAUGCUGGCCUUUGGCAUGGAGUAUUAACAAGUGUUAUGAACAGGAUGCAUGUCAUCAGUAUUCCCUAUGCAUUAAUGAAGGUUAAUCCACUUUCCUGGAUACAGAAAGUCUGCUCAUACAAAGCCCGUGUAGCAGUAGUAAAAUCCCGUGAUAUGCACUGGUCACUUUUGGCUCAGAGGGAUCAGAGAGAUGUCAGUCUGAGCUCUUUACGAAUGUUAAUAGUGGCAGAUGGAGCUAACCCGUGGUCAAUAUCUUCCUGUGAUGCAUUCCUGAACGUAUUUCAAUCCAGGGGUUUGAGACCAGAAGUAAUCUGUCCCUGUGCUAGUUCUUCAGAGGCACUAACUGUUGCUAUUCGCAGACCUCCAGAACUGGGUGGGCCUCCUCCAGGAAAAGCAGUGUUAUCUAUGAAUUGUCUGAGUUUUGGUGUGAUAAGAGUGGAUACAGAAGAGAAGUUGUCCGUGUUAACUGUACAGGAUGUUGGUCAGAUUAUGCCUGGAGCAAAUGUGUGUGUUGUGAAGGUGGAUGGGACUCCUUAUCUGUGUAAAGCCGAUGAGGUUGGAGAAAUAUGUGUGAAUUCAGGUGCAACUGGGAUGACAUAUUUCGGCCUCCUUGGAAUCACCAAAAACGUGUUUGAGGCCAUUCCAGUGACGGCAGCUGGUGUGCCUGUUUCAGACCAACCCUUUACAAGGACAGGAUUGCUUGGCUUUGUGGGUCCUGACUAUUUGGUCUUUGUGGUAGGAAAACUGGAUGGCCUAAUGACAGUUAGUGGCCGCAGGCACAAUGCAGAUGAUGUGGUAGCCACUGCAUUGGCAGUUGAACCCAUGAAGUUUGUCUAUCGGGGAAGGAUAGCAGUGUUUUCUGUGACCGUUUUGCAUGAUGAUCGAAUAGUGCUUGUGGCAGAGCAGCGCCCUGAUGCGUCAGAGGAGGAUAGUUUUCAGUGGAUGAGCAGGGUUCUACAGGUAGUCAGUCUGUCCUUUCUCUCUUUCCAGGCAAUUGAUAGCAUUCACCAAGUGGGAGUCUACUGCCUUGCCUUGGUGCCAGCCAACACUUUGCCAAAGGCUCCACUUGGAGGAAUUCAUAUUUCAGAAACCAAGCAGCGCUUUUUAGAGGGUGCUCUGCACCCUUGUAAUGUCUUGAUGUGUCCACAUACUUGUGUUACUAACUUGCCUAAGCCUCGACAGAAGCAACCAGAUGUUGGUCCUGCUUCAAUGAUAGUAGGAAACCUUGUUGCUGGAAAGAGAAUUGCACAAGCCUCAGGGAGAGAUGUUACCCAGUUGGAGGAUAACGACCAGGCAAGAAAGUUCCUGUAUUUAGCAGAUGUUCUUCAGUGGCGAGCUCAGACAACUCCAGAUCAUCCCCUCUUCCUUUUGUUGAAUUCCAAGGGCACUGUAGCUAGCACUGCAUCAUGCAUACAGUUGCACAAGAAAGCAGAGAGAGUGGCAGUCGCACUGAUGGAGAAAGGACGACUGAAUGUUGGUGAUCACGUGGCCCUGGUUUAUCCCCCAGGAGUAGACUUGAUAGCAACUUUCUAUGGCUGCUUGUAUGCUGGCUGUAUACCUAUCACUGUUCGCCCACCUCAUCCACAGAAUCUUGCUACCACUCUGCCCACUGUCAAAAUGAUUGUAGAGGUCAGUAAGUCUGCAUGUAUACUGACCACCCAAGCAAUAAUGAAACUGCUGAAGUCUAAGGAAGCUGCAACAGCUGUUGAUAUUAAAACAUGGCCCACUAUUUUGGAUACAGAUGAUAUGCCUAAAAAGAAGCUGGCUAGCAUUUUCAGACCUACAUCUCCAGAUAUGUUGGCAUACUUGGACUUCAGUGUGUCUACUACUGGUAUACUAGCAGGAGUAAAGAUGUCACAUGCAGCUACAAGUGCCUUAUGUCGCUCCAUAAAGCUACAGUGUGAGCUGUACCCUUCACGUCAGAUUGCCAUCUGCCUUGACCCUUACUGUGGCUUGGGAUUUGCACUGUGGUGCUUGUGCAGUGUAUAUUCGGGUCAUCAGUCUAUUCUAGUCCCUCCUCUGGAGCUGGAGAGCAAUGUCUCGCUGUGGUUGUCUGCUGUAAGUCAGUAUAAAGUGCGCAUCACAUUCUGCUCCUACUCCGUGAUGGAGAUGUGCACCAAAGGGCUUGGAACCCAGACUGAUAUACUCCGUAUGAAAGGAGUUAACCUGUCCUGUGUGCGAACAUGCAUGGUGGUGGCGGAGGAGAGACCACGGAUUACAUUAACACAGUCUUUCUCGAAGUUAUUCAAAGACCUGGGCCUCUCUGCUCGUGCAGUGAGCACUACAUUUGGGUGCAGGGUCAACGUAGCAAUUUGCUUACAGGGAACAGCAGGACCAGAUCCAACAACAGUCUAUGUAGAUAUGAGAGCGCUUCGACAUGACAGGGUGCGUUUGGUAGAGAGAGGUUCUCCACACAGUCUGCCGCUUAUGGAGUCUGGGAAGAUUCUUCCAGGAGUAAAGGUCAUCAUUGCACACACAGAAACUAAGGGACCUCUGGGAGACUCGCAUUUAGGAGAGAUAUGGGUGAGCAGUCCGCACAAUGCUACUGGUUACUACACAGUGUAUGGAGAAGAAGCACUGCACGCUGAUCACUUUACUGCUCACUUGAGUUUUGGAGACACUCAGACUGUAUGGGCUCGGACUGGGUACCUUGGCUUUCUGCGCAGAACAGAACUUACUGACGCUAGUGGAGAGAGGCAUGAUGCCCUGUAUGUGGUAGGCUCAUUGGAUGAAACACUAGAGCUCAGAGGAAUGAGGUACCAUCCCAUUGAUAUAGAGACCUCUGUAAUAAGAGCACAUAAGAGCAUUGCAGAAUGCGCUGUGUUUACAUGGACCAACUUGCUGGUGGUGGUUGUGGAAUUAGAAGGCUCAGAACAAGAAGCAUUGGACCUGGUCGCACUGGUAACAAAUGUGGUUCUGGAACAGCAUUAUCUCAUAGUAGGUGUUGUAGUCAUUGUGGACCCCGGUGUUAUUCCUAUCAAUUCCCGUGGUGAGAAACAACGAAUGCACUUGAGAGAUGGAUUUUUAGCUGACCAGUUGGAUCCUAUUUAUGUUGCCUACAACAUGUGAAAAAUGGAAAAAUCACAUCAAGGCUAAAGCACCAAAAUCAAGGGACUUUGCCAAUAAUAACAUCGGAAUCCAUUUUUCUGUGUUUUUAAAACCUGUUGAAGACCUUAGGAAAACUGAGAUACUAAUCUUCACAGUCCUUCAUCUCUCAGAUUGCAUUUUCUUCCAUGAAUCUGUUUUAACAGUUACAGCUGUCUUAGGAUGGUGAGUUUACUGGAAUUCCUGAAGGAAACUUACUAGAAUUGUCAUGGACCGGUGGGUUUCAUUUUUUGGGGGGGGGGUUUUGGUUUGUUGUUUUUUUUAAAAAAAAAAAAAAUAUGAAUGUCAGUACUUGAUGCACUGCAUAAAAGGACAUAAAGUGGGGUGGGGAGAGAACACCAGCUGUGAGGAGGACUCUUGGAAAUAAUACUGAAAGUCAUGAGUAACCGUUCAGAGUUCACCCUCCACGUUAUUGUUUGCAAUAUAUUGGCAGUAUCUGGGUUGGGGUUAAAUAUCAAGAUUGCACACAUCUCUGCCAUAUUCUCUACUGUACUGAAAGGAAUUUUGCACAUAUACGGGAUUUAAAAAUGCAGCCCUUUUUAUUUUAAAACACUGACUCACCCCCGUUCUGUAGAAACAAAUUCAUUCCAAUCCCAGAUUCAAUCUAACAGCGAUUAUGCUGCUGUUCAGCCUUUUUGUAUCAAGCAAAAACAAAUACUGCAACUGUAACAAGGUUACUUAUUGUGCCAUGCUGGACUCUGUAAUGCUAUAAACUUUAUAAUAAAAUAUAAAUUAAUAUCCAGUUUUAACUACUUGAUGCAGGAGCCUUCACUGCUCCUGCUGUCAUAACUUCAUGAUAAAGUUGCUUGUUUUCAUAGCAUUAGCUGUUAAUUACUGCCCUGCAUAACACCAAGUAUUUGAAAAUUCAUUCCAAGCCAAUAGUCUCUGAAUGAGUCGUAGAAGUGUUUACAAAGCAUGGUCUUAGAAUGUGUUUUCCCUGAAUAUCCUGUGCUAAAACUUAUGAAAGUGAUUUUUUUUUUUCCCCACCAUGGAAAAGAUAUAUUUGAUGUUAGUUAGCUUGAUCUGCUGUGGUACAAACCUUUUUUUUUUCCUUGAGAGUUGUAAGAGUUGUAUUUAGACUUUUUUGUUCAAGCUGAAAUAUCCAGUUGGCUGAGUCAUGCUUGACUAAUUAAGGUUUUGAAGUUUCUGCCUGAUCUAAUACUGCAGUGAACCUAAUUCAGAAAGAGAAUGGGAAAUUACUCAAAUACUUUGUGUAUUUGAAGGUAAGCACGAGACUAGCAAAUAAUUAUUUUUAUAGAGUUGUUAAAGACUUUGAGCUACAUAAAUUUUUUUUAAUAAUGCCUGAGUUUGGUGAAAGAGCCAGGUUUUUCUGCAAGGCAGUUCUGCCAGGUUCAGUGCCUAAGAAAGAUGGAUGUCAGUCUCCUGAGAUGAGAAUAUCAAAUUGACUCUUGGUCAAAUAAACUAUAAAAUCUUCAACAAAAAGCUUUCCUAUAUAGUAGUUGCCCUCAUGGUGUUCUACUGUGGUGUAUUAUACAGCUGCAUACUCUACUAUGACUGUAAUUAUGUACAGAACUUGUGUAACUUAUUAAGCAUGGCAACCUCUAGCAGCAGACUGUGGGACACUCCUUGUAACAGAACAGCUGGCAAAAGGGAAAAACUACCUAACCCCAGUUAUAAUGUUGUAGUUUUUUAGCAAAUAAAGCAGUUUAAGGUUUUUGUAUUGAGAUAUUGAUGACAGUGAGACGAGUUGCCUUGUAAAGUAAAUCUAAAACAAAAAGCACAUUAAAUAUUUCAAAACAGCUCUUGAAAAUCUGACUCACUGGAUGUUGGAACAUGCCAUUAGAUCAAAAACUAGCUUUAUGUACAGUACCGCUUUCACCUGCAUUUAAAGCCUGAAGUGUUUUUUCUGCAAAAUCGCAUUACAGUUGCUUUACGAUUAAAGCAAUUGACCCAUCCUCAAAGCCUUUGAUGUUCCUGAACUUCCUGUUUUCAGUACCCAAACUGAAAUGCCCUCCGGGGUCUGACUUCCCUCCCCGCCCACACCUGGCACCUACCACACACCCAGUUUUCCAAACCGGAGUACAGUUGGGGCAGGGAGGGGUGUGUGUGACAUCCCUCCCCUCAGCAAGGCACUGCUUGUUUCACACAGAGCAGCCACUGACGAGUUCGGCUGCAAAGCCCUGCUGGCUCGAAGCAGGGGUAGAGGGAAGGAAGGGAUGCAGCUUUGCUGCUGGUUCACGGUGCCACCUCAGGCCCUCACCCAGCUAAAACAUGGUGGCCACAUCCCCCUGUCAGCGGCCCCGUCGCCUGACGUCGCAGGGCACAUGGGGCCGCCCCGCCUUCAUGGUGUGGCGAGGCACUCCCCACCAGGGCUGAGCAGCUCCACGGGUGCGAGCAGUGUGAGAAGGCCUUUGACCAGGCCGGCGCCCUGGCCAAGCACUGCCGGGUCCACAUCGGGGAGAAGCCCUACCGCUGCCCAAUUUGCGCCAAGGCCUUCACUCUCUCCUCAGAGCUGGUGCUACAUAAGCACACCCACACUGGGGAGUGGCCCCACGCCUGCCCGCUCUGUGGCAAGGCCUUCAUCUCCUCCUCGUCCUCCACCUCUGUUCCCACACAGGUGAGCGGAAGUACCGGUGCCCUGUCUGCAGGAAGCUCUUCCUCCAGUCCUCCCACCUGGCACGCCACAAAGCCAUUCACGCUAGCGAGAGGCCCUUAAAGUGCCAGGACUGUGGCAAGCUCUUUGGGCGUGCCUCACACCUCACAACCCACCGCCGCGUCCACAUGGGCGAGAGGCCUUUCAAGUGCCUGCAGUGUGAGAAGCCCUUCACACAGAAGGCACGGCUGGCCCUUCACAUCUGCCUGCACACAGCAACGGCCCUACAAGUGUGACAAGUGCGGGAAGAACUUCCGAUCCUCCGCCCACCUCAUGUCGCACCAGGUCCUUGGGUCAGGCGAGAGGAACUUCAAGUGCUCAACCUGCAGGAAGGCUUUCAAGCAGGCAUCGUCUCUCAAGCAGCACCUGAAAACCCAUGAGGCACGUGAGCCUCACUGCUGCUCCAUCUGCAGCUGAGCCUUUUUCCAGGUCCUCUUUCCUCCGGUUUCACAUGAAGGCACACAAAGAGGAGUGGCUGUACCACUGUUUGCUUUGCAAACGAACAUAUGCCAAAAUUUCCACCUUUGAAAAACAUUGUAAAAAGCACCAGCAAGGAUGAAGAGAGGCCUGAUGCUAAACCCAGGCCAAUGACCACCAGGGCAAAAACACUGGCUGAAAAGAAAAAGCAGGAGUGGAAAUAGCAGCACCAAGAUGACAGCCUCCAGCAACCUCACCAGGCUGACCCAAAGCAGCAGCAGCAGCAGCUGGAAAGGCUGUAAAGGUCACUGAAACAAGAACUGUCCCUGGCCCUCUGGAAUGUGGCUUACAGGAGAUAGAGCAUCUGAUUUAAUUUUUAUCAAAAGAAAAUGAUGUGCUGCACCAGUGUUACUCCAAAGCAUGUCUCCAAAUAAAAUUCUUUUUCUGAUGCAAGGUUCAAUGCAAACGCUUCUCUGGGGCACAGCAGAUAUGUAAAAGCCUGCUGAGGCUGCCCAUGGUUGGUGUGGCAUGCAGACUGCUCCGUGGUUACAGGGGAAUUCCAGCCUGUUCACAGGCCCCCAUGGUUUUGUUUCACAUCAGCAGCAUUUUCUAACCCAGGCUUCCAGGGAUUCCUGAGCCAAGUGCCUGCUUUUACCCAGAUUGAAAGAAGGAUGCUUCUUUGUAUGCAGAAAUAAACUAAGUUGUAGUCUCUUAAAUGAAGGCAAAGUUUUUUGUUUGAAGAAGCAAGAGAGGUGGCGGACCUACAGAAAACAGAUUUGUACCAAAAGUGGGUUUAGGACACAAGCAGGAAUGUAUCACGCAAAAGGCAAUUUGUUUUUAAAAGCACUGUACAUAUUGAGAAGAUAGCAUCUGUAAGCCUCUUCUGGGUUUCUCACUGUUAAUUACAACAAGUCAUUGUACUUAGCAUCUAGAUAAUGCUGUGUAUGAAGUGUUUAAAGCACGGCAGGUUUUAUUGCUAAAGGAACUUAUCUUUCUCAAAACUAAUGAAGACAGGUGUCAAAAAUCUGUAGUUCAUCUUAAAUCGAAUGAAUUCACAUUUGAAAUACCAGCUUGUAGUAAAGUUACUAAAAUGAUUUUUUUUUUAAACCUGAUCUUUUGGCAAUUUAAAAUUAAGUAAAAGGGGCAUUGUAAGCCCUGUCUCCUUCUGAAUUAACAAAUUGCCGUAGCUGGUUCACUGGCCAGUCAGCACACUGCGGGAAUGAGGCAAGAUGCCACAAAAGGGUUGCUGUUGAAGCUGAAUGUUUCAGAUUUACUCUAGGGUGGGAGAUAGGACUGCAGUAGAUAUGAAAUAACUUCGUAAACUUUAAUAAAACUGCCUUUAUUGCAGCAGAGUUCUUUGUGAGCCAGCACUUUCUACUGACUUUUUAUAAGCUUUAUGUCAUUCCAGCAACAGUACUAUAAGGUUACUUCACGCCUUUAUUUAUCGCUCAUUGUUACCCGGGAUUUUAUUAUAGCAGAAAAAAGAAAGCAGUGAGUUCAUUUUAAGUUAACAUUCCUGAUUUCCUCUGCCAAGUCCAUGAUUUUUUAAAUGUUAUUUCCCUGCCAUUGGGUGAAAACACUUGUUAUGUACUUCAAGAAUCUUUUUGGAUAAGCAUCUGGUUUUGGUUUCUGUAACAUAUUAGCAACUCCUAUUUUAAGGCAAAAAAGGAAUUUUCUGAAAGCUUGCACAUUUAAAGUAUUGCAACGUAUCAGGCCAGAAAUCAUGUUAGUAGAUGAUAAGAGCUGGAUUACAUCUAAGAACUAAUUUACAGCUAACAAAACUGUUAUUGGAUAAUUCUCUUACUUUUUGUACUUCAGGAUUUACUUGAUGCUGGAUAUACUAAAAUAGAGCUUUUAUUGUUGAAUUUAUAUCUAUCUUCAGUUGGUUAAUAUACUUUAAAUAUUUACGUAGUCAGAUAUUUCAAAUUAGAUGCUUCCAAGCCAGAGUUUCUUGUCAUGAAAAAUUCUAAUGUAAAUUUUUGCUAGUCUUUAGAUGUUCUUUUUGCGACCAGUCGUGUUGUUUAGGAGUUCAGUUAUGUCAGUGCCAUAUAAGCAGAGUUCUAUCUUUUUUUGGUAUUUCAAUACAUUAUUAAAAUAGUAUACACUGC